UUUUUUAGAAAAUCUUUUUUACUUGGCACAAUGUCUAUUAUUCUCGAUCCUUACAUUUCUCCUAAAGAAAAAAAUCGAUUGAGAGGAUUUAACGAAGAAGAAAAUGAAAAUUUUGUUUCCCUUCAAGAAAAAGAGAAAGAAGUCGACCAAAAAAUUUCUUCUACUGAUAGUCUUGUUACUACUUCAACUAUUUCACCAAUUGCAAAUUUAAAAAUUACUGGAAAUAAAAAGGAAGAUAUUUUAAAUGAAGUUUCAAAUAAAGAAGAAUCUUCUCGUCGAAAAGAAAAGAAAGGAACAACAACAACCUCCUCCUCUUCUUCUCGUGAAUCUAGUAGCAAUAGUCGUCAUACUGAACCUAAAAGAAAGUCUGAAGAUGGGAAAAAGAAGGAAGGAAAAAGUUUAGGCUUCAGCACACGUCUUUCCACAAUGUGGGAGGAUAUGAAAAGAAUGAUGGGAUUUUCACCUGAUUGUUUAAAUGGUGGUUAUAGAGGAAUUGGAAGUUUAAGUUGUACUUGUCCACAAUACUUUGAGGGGCAGUUAUGUGAACAAAUUGUUUGUGCAAAUGGAGGUAAACGAAUAAAAGAAAAAACUACAGGUUUUGGUGGUAUCCAAACAGAAGAAGAAAUUUGUAAAUGUACACAUCCUAUUUACAUAACUGGUCGGCAUUGUGAACAAGUUAAUUGUCAGAAUGGUGGGAGACUUUUAAGUGAUGGAAAUUGUCAAUGUGCUGAUGGUUGGUAUAGUGGGACUUUUUGUCAGUAUUACACUUCUUCUUGGCUUGUUGCAAUUGGAAUACCUCUUCUUUUUAUAGCUCUUGUUAUAUUUUGUUGUGUUGUUUGUCGUAUGGAUUUAUGCUCAUUGUGCCGUUCUCGGCCAGUAACAACACAGAGAACGCGUCCAAACGAACGACGACAGCGUCGUCGUCAACAUCAACAAAAUUGUCCAUCUGCUUUAGGCGAUAGUAGAGGUGUCCAGCGUCCUCAUAGUGGUCCAAAUCGAUCUCGACGCCCAAAUGAUAAUCUUUUAAAUCAAAAUCUUUUAAACGCUCAACAACAAGAAGAUCAACAAUAUGUUCUCCGUUUGGAACGUUUUCCAAUGCUUUACAACCCAAAUUCUAUUAAUGAUAAACCUUUGGAUCCACCGCCGCCAUAUGAACAGGCAAUUCUUUGUGUUCCAACCCCAUUGGGAGUUCCUCCAAAUUAUUACAAUUUAAUUACUGAACGACAAACAACUCAAUCAACAAUUUCUGUUAAUCCAAAUAUUUUAACUGUUCAAGAAGAAAAUGCUGAAAAUAUUAAUGAAAAUGAAGAAAGGACUGUUUUGGAAGAAGAAAAUAUUCCAGAAAAUAAUCAACAAGGAAAUCAAUAGCCAAAUAGUAGUGCAAGUCAUACUUCUUUUAAAUGAAUUUAUUUUUGGAUUUUUCUUCCUCAAAAACGGUACUAAACGGAUUUACAAUUAAUCUUAUUUAAUCUUUUCUUCAAAGAGAAAAAUCCAAGAUUCUAUCAAUCUGAGGAAAAUCCCGCUAACAAAUCCAAGUGUUUAUGAGAGAGAUUUUAAGUAAUAUUUACUUAAUUUCUAAGAUCUCCUACAAUUUCUAUUCUAAUCCAUCCAUUAAAUACUUAAAUAUAGUCGCGUCUUUGUCUUUUUUUUUUGCUCAGGAAUUCAAAAUGAAAAUUACUUAUUUGAAUCUGUAAAUAAUGGCUCUAGUUUAGGACAUGCGUCCCAUGAGCGUUUAUGCGUCCCAUGAGCUUUUAUGCGUCCCAUCAGAGAAUAUGCGUCCCAAAAAUACUAUAGGCGUCCCAUCAGAGUAUAUACGUCCCAAAAUUAGUACAAGCGUCCCAUCAAAGAAAAAGCGUCCCAUAAAUAGUAUAGGCGUCCCAAAGAUCCAGUCAUAUGUUCUUCAUAACAUACAUAUCUUCUCGAUUACAUUUAGCAUGA